UGAUGGCAUGGGUGAUAUUAAGCCUACUAAUAUGUUGUUCAUGUUUGUCGUGGACCAUCGACGUUGAUGGUCCCAAAGGAGCUAGUAAUGCUUGUAAUGGAACCGACGUUGCAGGAAAUGCAGUGACGGGCCAACGGGUGAACGGCAGCUUUCAGCUGCCCCAACCGCACCCGCCCCCAAACCCGAACCAAGCACGCAACCAGCAAUCAACACUCUCCCUGCCGCAGCCGCCGCCGCAGCCACCCCCCAUGGGUCACUUUGAUGGACCGUACCCCCCUCUCCAUCAGCAGCAGCAGCCUCCGCUAAACUCCUUCGAGGCCCAGGGCGACCUGAGCCAGCCCCAGUCCGAGGUGUCGGCCGCCCCCUACAGCCAGCCCAGGGAGACGGCCACCCUGGGCAUGUUCUUCCACGAUGACGAUAGUGGUUCUGGUGUUGUUAACGUCAACGACGUGGUGAAGUCUGGAGGAGACACAGUCUGUGUUUGCACAUGCGUCUGUGCAAAUCGGCAGCCUUUUGGUGGUGGUAACUCCCCCGGCUCCGGUUUCUACCUACAGGUCACCGAAGAUGCCCAGCAGGGCACGCAGGGCGAGGGCGACGCUGCAACCACCCGUCCUCCGAGCGUGCCCGCACCUGUCUCCCAGCAGCCAACCCCACCAGCCGCCUUCCCACUACAGCAGCAGCAGCAGCAGCCCCCAACACCAGGCACAUGCUCCGCCAUGGCUAUGCCAAUAUCAGAUUAUCAUCAGCCUUCUAAUUACAAGCUGCUUGAUUUCUCUACGCCUCAGUCACUAAGAUCCAAUCAGGCCAUUGUCGCAAUUCUCAUUGUGACAUUGUCGCCGCCGGCACCGCCUCUGUCUCUGCCAGAGUUGGCCAGCCUGGCCGCGGCAGCAGCGUCACCACUGAUGGCUGGUGGUAUUGGUGGUGAGGCGCCUGGCUCCGGUUUCUACCUGCAGGUCAGCCUUCAUGCUCAGCAGGGCACACAGGGCGAGGGCGACGCUGCUUCUGCCGCCACUAGUCCUCCGAGCGUGCCCGCACUUGUCGCCCAGCAGUCUGUGUCCUACGGCCCGCCCGGCUACCCCUUACAGGACCUCCGGACACAUGCCCAGUGUAGCGGCGAUGACAAGUGGGGAGACUGGCGCCCCCACCUGACCAUUGACAGCAGUCAGAUGGUCAUGGGAUACGACCCCAGUCUGUCGUCAGUGAAGUCUGACUCUUCAGAGGCCAUUCAGCCUGUAGAGACAUACGAGUAUGCACAGUCUCUAGGCUCCCAACCACUCAGCCUCCCCAACUUCCAGGUCAUCUUUGAGUGUCGCUUGGCUGAGUCGGGGCUGUGUGCCCCGGCCUUCCACUACUGCGAGGCCGUCAGUCUAGCUGUCCAGAAACAGACACCAUAUCAUUCUAUUGAAUGCAUCGCACAGGCCAACGAGAUAUCUGUCCGAUUCUACGACCCCCAAUUGAAGGAGAAGCCGGAGCAGGAGCUCUUCCUGAAACCUGAUUGGCUGGACCGCCAGAUAGAGGUCAUCUUUGAGUGUCGCUUGGCUGAGUCGGGGCUGUGUGCCCCGGCAUUCCACUACUGCAAGUUGAUCAGUCUAGCUGUCCAGAAACAGACACCAUAUUAUUCUAUUGAAUGCAUCGCACAGGCCAACGAGAUAUCUGUCCGAUUCUACGACCCCCAAUUGAAGGAGAAGCCGGAGCAGGAGCUCUUCCUGAAACCUGAUUGGCUGGACCGCCAGAUAGAGGAGAAGCCGGAGCAGGAACUCUUCCUGAAACCUUGGCUGAUGGAUCAGCGGCAGCUGGACCGCCAGAUAGAGUUUCUGUCAGUCUUUCCCUUCCGUCAAGUGGCUCUUUCAUCUCUUGAGACCUCUGUUGUUGUUUGGGACGAGAAGAAUCACCCAUUGGUGAAUCAGGAUGAGCCAGAGGAGGAGAGCAAGCCCCUUCCACCUACCCAUUCCAGCGUCCACAAGAUGGCCCCACCAGGAGCCGGGACCGAAUCAGGUGUGAGCAGACGUUAUGUGGACAUACCGAACCGUGGCACGGGACCCGGUGGUGUAGGCGAGGGUGCACCCAAAAAGACAAUGCCCGCGCCCGCCGACCUGUUCGCCCCCCUCGCCCCCAUGCCUAUGCUGCCCGCCAACAUCCUCUUCAGCCCCAACGCCACCCCUCCCACCAUCCUCUGGGACGGCGCUCCCCCCAUGCCCCCCAUGCCGGACGCCAUGGGCGGCUUCUACCUGACGGUGCCCGCGCCAACUGUGCCCACCUUCUUGCCGACCUACCAGGUCGACGGCAGUGCCCCCAUGGCAAUGCCCCCUCUCUCCAUGCAGCACACUGGACCACCCACACCACAGUUAAACUCUGAAAUGCCCGGAUACAUGACCCCUCAGUUGCCUGGUCAGAUGCCUUGCCCUCCCAUGCCCGGCCAACAGAUGCCAGGGCAGCAAAUGCCGGGACAAAUGCCCCCGCCGAUGCAGGUGCCUCAGCAGAUGCCAGGCCAAAUGGCAGGCCAGAUGCCAGGCCAGAUGCCAGGAGGGCACAUGCCUCCCCCGCAGGUGUUUGACUGUGUAAUCUACCUGUGCAAGCACCGGAGUACUCACACGGGCGAGAAACUGUACCAGUGCAGCCUCUGCGGGGAGAAAUUCGCCUACAACCAGAGCCUGCAGGACCACCAGGCGAUGGUCAUCUCAGGAGAGAACAGCGUUUACCUCUGGUCCAAGCGCUCACGCAACAACUCUCGAGUUCGCUGGGCCACCACAAUCUUCAGGCCCUUGGAAGGCGACCAACGCAAGCCCAGCGCUGCAUCUCAUGCGCUUCUCUUCAGCGUUCAAGGCCUGGCUAGCACGCGAGAGCCACCUCUCCUCAGGUUUCGCUUCGCAAACUCCCCGUGA